UUGAAAGUGGACGUCAUCGUAAUGACGUUUCGCGGAAUUGACGGGACGAAAUUGGUAGAAAAUGGAAUUAAAGGCCGCCGAUAAAAUCAACGCGACGUACAAACGAGUUAGAUAUUAUCGCGAAUCGACAUCUUCGUUCCUUUGUUAGUUCUGGCUCGCUUUGCUCAGUUUUCCACAAGCGUCGAACAAGUCGAAGAACUUAUAUACGGAAUAUUCGUGACGAGUGUCGAAGAAGUUUAACGUCGGCGUAAUAAGAUGAAGAUUAAGUGUCACGGUACCCGCGGAUGGUACAAGAAAAAGCUAAAGAACAGUCAACUGAAUAUCGCACAUGGUGUGAAGCGAUUUUUUCGCGAUUAUUGCCAGAACACAGGGUUGCACGGUUUUCGAUACAUCGUUACAGGCGAGACAGCAUGUCAUAAAAUAGUUUGGUUCAUGAUCUGCUUGGCAGCGAUCGUCUUCUGCGUAAUGCUGAUGUUACGUUUGUGGCAAUAUUAUUCGAACAAUCCUACGGUGACGAUAAUAGACACGUCGAACCCCAUAAGGGACUUACAUUUUCCAGGUAUCACGAUAUGCAACAACAACAAAGUUUAUAAACCUCAUGCUGAUAAAAUCGCGCAGAAAUUGCUGAAUUAUGGAUUCGACAGCGACAUGAGCAACAAAUUGUUCUCUUCGCUGAUGAAACUGAUACGACCGGACAAAAUUGAGAUCGAUAACGCAACCGCGUCCUGGGCCCUCGACAUCCUCGGUUACACGGUCGAGAGACUUAUGCUCGAGUUGAUGCAUCCUUGUAACUUGUUGCUAGUGAGAUGCGGCUGGUUGGGACAACUUUACGACUGUAGUAAAAUCUUCAAAACCGUCCGGUCGAACGAAGGCUUCUGUUGCGGCUUCAAUUAUCAUUUUGUCGGCGAUUACAAUGACGAAUAUUCUUGGUUGAUGAACAUCACGAUGGACUCUGAAGAACUGGACGUAUUAAAUUCGAAUAGUUCUUUCCCGGGUGUUGACAGCAUACUGCACGUGCCUGGAACAGGACGUGAUAUUGGCUUGGCGGUGGCGUUGAACAUCGACGCUGACAAUUACAAAAGUUCGGUGAGGCAAUUUGUAGGUGCCACGGUUUUGAUCCACGAUCCGUUAGAUUAUCCGGAUAUCGGUGCACAAUCCGCCUCUCUGCAACCGGGCCACGUAAUGUCGAUGACGCUGACCGGCACGAAAUUAGAAAGCUCCAAGGAUAUUCAGAAUAUACCUCUGUCUAAAAGGAUGUGCUUGUUCGAUGGCGAGAUAGCCGGAGAACGAAGAUAUAGUUAUCAAACGUGCAUUUCGGAAUGCUUACAGCAGAAAAUUUAUGGUUCCUGCGGAUGUUUACCCUUUUUCUUUCCAGACGAGCAUCCGAACGUUCGUACCUGUUAUUUGACUGACGUGGAUUGCAUCUUGUCCCGUAGAAGAAGUUUAUCGCUGGUACAGUCGCAUAUAAACGAUUGCAGUUGCCUUCCGCAGUGUAACGAUAAGAGUUACGAAGUGGUCUCUGAAUCGAUACAAAUGAACGACGUAGGAUACGAUUCGGAAUUGGCACGUGGCUUAGACGUCCAGAGUACUUCGUUUCUGUACGCGUACUUUCGAGAUGGCACGUACCUCGAGUACCGGAAGCAAACUAUCUUAGGAUGGGACAGCCUUCUCGCUUCCUUCGGAGGAAUCUUCGGACUCUGCCUCGGUGGUUCGGUGAUAAGUUUAGUGGAGUUCGUGUAUUAUUUACUUGUGGACAUCUUUUCAUUUCUUAAAGAGAGAACAGAGCAACAGGAUCAAGAUCUACCACCUGCCUCUCAGUUGUUCGUUUCUGUGCCCGCAAACAUGAACUUGAAGAAAUAUAGUACGUCGAAUUUGAACAAACGCAUCUACCUUGCGUGGGAUCAACAGCUUUCUCAACGAAUUCGGAAAAACUCCGAAUUCGCGUGCAAUAUGUAUCAGGAAUAAUCAACGAUAUCGUGUUUAAUUGCAUAUUAUCGAAAGUGCGUAGAAUUUCUGGAAACUAAUUUCCAAUUAAUUUUUACCGUCUAAUAAAGUUUCACGUUUAAGAAGUACUUAAUUUUACGGUAUUCAAUUAUCAUUUAAUAUAAUCUAUCAGAUAAAAAUGGCAAAAAGAAGAUCACCUGAAUGAGCAAGAAAUGUCAAUACUGUAAUUAACUCUAUUUGAAAUUAUAGAAAUUUAGAUCGUA